AUGGGUACUAAAACGCAAGCAGAGCUUCUUCUCAGAAAACAACCAAGGGAGCUUUCCAAAUACCCAUUGGAUAUGUUCUCGGCCGGAUUAGUAACUCAGGGCAACCCUUUUGAAUGGGACGUCAUUAUCUUCGGCCUUCAGGGAACAAUCUACGAGGGCGGGAUUUUUCCGGCCAAGAUUUUCUUCGCCGAAGAUUAUCCCAACAACCCUCCGACGGUUAAGUUCACAACUCAAGAUAUGUGGCAUCCGAACGUGUAUCUAAACGGAACCGUUUCUAUGUCGAUUCUGAGCCCUCCCGGUGACGAUCCGUACGGCUACGAGCUCGCUAGCGAGCGGUGGUUAUCGGUUCACACGGUGGAAUCCAUCGUGUUGGGUGUCGUUUCGUUGCUUUGGGAACCGAAUGACGAGGCGGCGGCUAAUGAGGAUGCUGUGAUUGAGUGGAGGGAAAGAAGGGAUGUGUUUACGGAAAGGGUUUUGAAUUUGGUGAGGAGAUCGCAAUGUCGGUUUAUGUAUGGUGAUGAUUAUGAUGAUACUGAGUUUGAUGAUGAAUUGUUGUCCUGUGGUGGUUUUGGUGCUACAAAAAAGGUUGAUCAAUUCUUGUUUGGUGACCCUUUGAAAGUUUAUCCUUCCGAUGAUGAUAAAAAGGCUGGUGGUCCGUUCUUUUCGUGUGAUCAAGUGUUUUACAGUGAUAUAGAGUAUUCCGGUGAUGACGAUUUAGAGGCUGAUGAACAAUUCCCGCUGGAUGAUGAUACACAAGGUGGUAAAUUGCUGCUGUCCGGUGAUGAUGAUUCAGAGUCUGAUCAAUUGCUGCACGGAGAUGAAGAUGCAGUGAAGGUUAAAGAAGGAAAUGCAAUUUUCAUUUCAUUUGGUGAUUGCCUGAAUUUAGUUAAAGUUUUUUUUUUCCCUUCCUAUGAAAGAGUAAAAUGUCCAAAUGGUCGCUUACAUUUGGGCUUACUAUAA